AGGCGAUAAAGUUAUUUUAAAAAAUUAAAAUGGCAAGUCGCCUUGAAAUUAACUUUAGACGGCUUUUAAAGCGAUGUGAACACAUGGCAACCGAACAAAGGCACGACGAUUGGCGAUUAGAAAAGUAUGUGUCUGCACUUAAUGAUCAACUCACUGAAAUAAGAGGAUCUCCUACAAGUCGUCCUGAUGCUGACACAUUGGGGGAGUAUGUGAGAAAAGUGGAAUUUCUAAAAGGAUUAAUUGAAGCCGAGAAAAAGUCAUCAUCCAGUGAGAAAUCUCAGGCAACCCAAUUCCUUGCACCUGGUACAUUGUCUGCCAGUGAGACUCUAACCACUAGUAAAGAGGCUCAUAUACAAACCAAGUCACGUUACCAAGGGGAAAUGAGGGAUGAGUUGCUAGGCAACACACCAGAGCCACAAGAAAAUGGUGUCAGACAAAGAGUGAAGCUUGAAGAGAAUGAAGAUAUUGACCAAGUGGUAGCACAUCACAAUAAGAUACAAGAGAGAGUGGCAGAAGAGAUGCUGCUCCUGGCAGGGAGAUUGAAGCAAAAUGCUACAUCUGCUCACCAUAUUAUAAAAGAUGAUACAAAGCGAUUAGGUGAUUCAACAAAAUUAGCUGAUAAAAACUAUUCCAAAUUAAAAGUUGAAAGCGAGAGAUUAGAGGUGCAUACAAAGAAGGGCUGUAAUUGGUGGAUGUGGGCGAUGAUUUUAAUCGUCUGUAUGACAUUCACUUGGAUGAUUCUAUUUAUGCGAAUGUUCCCAAAGAGAUGACAACAUUCCCUAAUAUGGAAUAACAGUAAUGCAGUAAUUAAUUUGGUGGAUGUUUCAUUGAGGAAGUAUCCUUUAUAAAGUAGAUUGGGUGGAAGGUGAGGGGGACGGGUGUUGUUACUAUUUACUUUUUUCAAUAUUUUUGCAAUUUUAUUUCAGUGACUAAAUGAUAUUCACUAUUCAAUUUAGUGUAAAAAUGUUAUAUGACUACAGUUACCAAGAGUUACAGAGAAACAGUAUUGGAUUAUGUGAUUUUGAAACUACUGUACAGUGUUCUAGUCCAGAGAGUUUUCUUUGUACAAAUAAGAACAUUUGCGGUUUGGGGAUUUAUGACCUAUAAAAAUAUGUUAUCGAUUAAUUUUAUUGAAAGUAAUGUGUGAUUAAUGUGACAAUUAUUAACAUGAGAAAUAUUUGGUUUGUAAUUAUCAUAGAAUAUACAGAAACAAUAACUUGAAAAUAAUCAAACAUGUACCAUAAUCAUUUUGACAUUUGUCAAUGCCUUUAUAAAUUGCCAACCCUUUCCAAAAUCCCAAGGAAUGGAAACAUUUUAAAAGGUUACUGCAUUGUACAUGUUGUAAUUACAUGUAUUAAGAACACCUUCAGUAUGACUGACAAUUAUUUCCCCUCUGGAACCAAUUUCUCAAAGACUUCAGCUAAUAUCACAUUGACGAU